UCUCUCUGGUAGGAUUAAGUCUUUGUGACGGCGUUACAACGAAGGUGCUAUUGGAGAGACUUUUAGCUGGAAUAUUGAUCUAAGAAAUACCAGGAAUGACAAAGAAAUAUAUAAUGGAUCCAAAUAAAGUUGAGCGAAAACUAAGUGUGCCUAAAAUACGCCGUGAGGUUUCAAAUGACUCCCAAGCGGACAUCGAAGAGCUAACAGUUGCAGACAGAAACCAACUAUUUCAAAGAAGAAUGGAAAUGCGGGAAUCUCCACAUGGAUCUGAUAUCCAUUCUAGUUUAAACCCAGCAGCUCACCAUGGACGUUCAUGCUCAUUCCGUAACCGACCCCGACCCAAAUUGUUAAAUGUCGAUAUUGACCGACCAAGACGAAGAAGUUUACCAUCACCUUCGGCGAACUGUCUAAGCGUAUCUUUCGACAAUAUUCAUAAACAGAAGGAACCAUCUGACCAACAGCCAUUACGAAGAGUGCGGUCAUUUAAAACCACAUCGAAAGGAGGCAUUGUUAACAGAGGGGACUCUUUUAAACGGAGCUCCAAUAGUAUAUACUCAACCGGGAGUGUAAUGCAUAGUGAGCAUGGGGGAGCUAGAUCGCAUAACAACAGCAGGCAACGAAUUAACAGCACGCAAUCCCGAGACAGUGGAACCGCGGACAGUACGGGAUCUUCUGUUGAUACCAUUAUUCAUAAAGUUGCCAUGGUUGGGGACAAAGGAGUUGGAAAAACAUCUUUGACCAAUCAGUUUAUGACAUCGGAGUUCGUUGCAUUUGAAACAGAGAACGAUGACGAUGACACAGAUCGCCACGUGACAGUGCUGUUAAACUCCGAAGAGUCAACACUAGAAAUUGUUGACCGGCCACUUGAUUCGCAGGAGAUGCCCAGUCAAACUUUUGACGCCUUUGCAGUGGUAUAUUCUAUCACAGACCGGGCGAGUUAUCAGGUGGCUGUUGACAUUUUGUACCACGUUCGCCAUCAACUUGAAAUUAAAGACAAACCUACCAUUCUUAUCGCCAAUAAGAUCGACCUUGUGAGAAAACGGAAGGUCACGAGAGAAGAGGGAAGGUCCGUAGCCAAACAGUACAACUCUAAAUAUUGUGAAACGUCCGCUGCUCUUAAUCACCACAUAGAUGAACUUCUGGUUGGAAUACUGAGUCAAAUCCGCCUGCACAAGACCCCAGGACUACCGAUAGAUCCGCCCACCUUUGAUGUUAAGCCUUGUCAAAACAAGCUUGCCAAAUGUUCCAUGCCUGGACCAAAACGUUUACUUAAUUUCAUUUUUCGUAAAAACCCAAUGCAACCGUCUUGCCAUGAGUGUGAAAAUCUCUUUACGUCAUAGUUUGCUCUCUUUUAAUACAUUUUCGAAACAUUCUAUUUUCAUUUUUUGUUGUUGUUCUUUGUCAAUACUUUGCUACUUUUAAAAUAUAACUGUAUAAAAAUGAUUUCAUACAUAAGACAAAACCUGGCUACAUGGUUUAAAAGUCAUUUAAGCAUGUAUAUUGAAUACAUUCUGUACAGUUUAUUUUAAGUUUAACAUUUUCCAUUGCUUGUAUGAUGUUUAUUGCAAAUCCUCAUAAAAAAUAAUUAUAUCAUGCACAAACAAUUUGAUGUACAUGUUAAUAGUUUUCAAUUAUAAUUAUGUGUACAAAAGUUUUAAUAAAUAUUGAUAAUUCAUAAAAGCUAUUUCGUUUGGAUAUUUUUACAACCUUUGAGUGAUGAGUGAAAUAAUUGGAUUGAAGUGUUUCAAAUCAACAGUAACA